AGCAUAUGACCUCGCGUGGGUAGUACAGCACAGCACAGCACCGCACCACUUCAUCGCCACUUGUCGGAGGAGCGAAAACAACAACCAUGCGAUAGAGUCGAUAGCUCUACUGCGGACGCCAGGACAGAUACGAUCCACAGCAGAGGGCGAAGGCGAGAGCGCGAGGAAGAGCUAGGUUCGGCUGGGAUAUGACCGAUAUGAACACCAUGGCUCAUGUAGGUGGCCAGCAGAAUGAGGAGGGUGGAACGGGCUCGGGUUUCGCACGCGCAGUCACCAUCGUUGCCGGCGUGUCGGCGCUCGUGGCAAGUCUCUUGACGGUAGUCAUCAUCCUGCUCCAGGCCAAAAAUUACCGCAAACCACUCCUGCAGCGCCAUGUCAUCCGCAUCGUCGUCCUCGUACCCAUCUUCUCCGCCGCUUCCUGGGCAUCGCUUACCUCCCUCAAGGUUGCCUUCUGGAUCGAUCCGUUCCGCGAUGUCUACGAGGCCUUCACCAUCUACACCUUCUUCCAACUGCUCAUCAACUUCCUGGGCGGCGAGCGCAGUCUGAUCAUCAUGAUGCAUGGCAGACCUCCCGUGCAGCACCUCUGGCCGCUGAAUCAUGUCCUCCCCAAAGUCGAUAUCAGCGAUCCCCAUUCCUUUCUGCAGAUCAAGAGAGGCAUCCUGCAGUAUGUGUGGAUCAAGCCUGCCCUCGCCAUCACCACUGUCGCUUGCAAGGCAACAGGCACUUUUCGGGAAGGCAUCCUGGCCGUCGACUCGGGCUACUUCUGGACGGGUCUGGUCUACAACAUCAGCAUCUGCUGGUCCCUGUACGACUUGGCCCUAUUCUGGGUGUGCAUGACACAAGACCUGCAGCCUUUCCGACCCAUGCCAAAGUUCUUGUGUAUCAAGGGCAUCAUCUUUGCCUCGUGGUGGCAAGGCUUCUUCUUGUCCAUCUUGGUCGCGCUCGGCGUCAUCCCUAGCGUGGGUAAUGGCUACACUGCCGACAACCUCGCUGCCGCCAUACAGGAUGCCCUCAUUUGCUUCGAGAUGCCCUUCUUCGCAGCAGCGCAAUGGUAUGCUUUCAGCUGGAAAGACUACGCCGACCAGACCAUCAGCGAUGCACGAAUGCCCAUACGAUACGCGCUUCGGGAUGCCUUUGGUCCGCGUGAUCUGAUUGAGGACUGCAAAGAGACAUUCAGUGGCAAGAAGUACGACUAUCGCAACUUUGACGCAGACGAUAACGUGAUGUCGCACGAGGAGUCAUCCAGCCGAGAAGCCCGCAUGCGAGAAGGAAUGCGGUAUGAACGAAACGGCCGAGGAAAGUACUGGGUCCCUUCACCGAAUGAUUCUCGACAACCACUUCUCCACAAGAUCGCCCCCAGCAAUGCACGCACAAUGAGUCCCGGCGGUGGUAAGAAUCGUUCAACCAGCAGCGGCAGCAAAGGGAAGGGAUAUGGAGCCACAAAUGAAGCAGAGGAACCCGAGCUCGACCCGGAAGAGGAACGUCUUUACGGCAAUGCUCGUGCACUCGAGUUUGGCGACUGGAAUUAUCCCGUGAUCAACACUCACUACGCCACUCGCGAAGAUCGCCUCUAUGCCAACCCCACCACCAUAUCCGAAGCCACCAAUCGUGCCAUUUUACAACCUUCAAAAGAGCAAAGGCAGAGGCGCAAGUCUCGAAUUUCCAACCUGAAAAGUGAAGUACAUCAGCACAAUCGUCCGGAUUCCUCAGACUCGGCAGAAGGAUCCUCCUCUUCCUCCAAAGGUAAAGGCAAAGUUUCUUCCGCUCUUGCAAACGUUCCUGUCGUGGGCAAACUCGCACGCCACGACUCCUCCGACUCCGCCGCGUCACACUCCUCCCAGCUCGUCGAUCUCGUCGUGGAGGAUCGUGAAGCUGAAGCCAUUGACCGAGUGCGGGCUCGCAAAGAAGGUGGGCCUGGCUGGAACAGUGUGGAGCAGAAACAUUUUGUGAAGACCUAUCCCGGUCAAGAAGAGGCCGAGAGCGUGCGGCACGGUUUCAAUCCCGAUAAACCUGAACAAGAGAUUACCGAUCAGAACCACACCCUUGACGAUCCUUUUGCUGUGGGCGACGACGAUGACCGAGAUCGGUUCCAGCCGGUAUCCCAGCAAAAAGGUAAAGACGAAGUGGAACAGGAUCAGCCUUGGGAAGAAAGGAGAUAUGGGCAGGAUGGAGCUCAAGACGAUCACGGAGAUCGAUGGUUUGGAAAGGGCGAUUUCGACGAUGAUGGAAAGCUCAAGGCCCAGGAGCACAGGAGUAAUGGCAGCAGUCCUUUGCCCAGUCCUCUCUUCGAGGAGGAGAGGAAUGCUUGGGGCGCGGGAAAGUGAAGUGCAAUAUAUACUAUCCAAGCUGUUGUGGUGCUGUGCAGUUAGCGUUGGCGUUUUGGCGAUUUUGGAGAAGAAUGAUUUCACUCGAGAUACUAGCAUCUCGGGUGAUACAAAGUUACAUGUAUAACGAAUCAGGGAUCGUGCUGUCUCUCUCAGGUACUAUAUGAGUAAUCAAGCCUUGUGAAGCU